GGAGGAGAGGGAGGAGGUGCCGGGUCUCGCGUGCGGUGCCAAGCGGCGUGCGCGCAGCGCCACGGCGCUCCGGGCGCCUUCGGAGAGAGCGAGAGGAGGGAGAGAGGCAGACGGUGGGGUGGGUGCAGUGGUCGAGAAGACACUCGCGCGGCUUUGAACCACGGCACUCGGCCACACGGGGCGUGGGGUGGUACAACAACAACAACGACCACCACAACCACCAACCACACUUUGGGAGGACUCCGCUCACGGAUAGGAAGUCACACGCGGCGAGGAGAGGGGGGGGCGCACACGGCACGGAGGAGAGCAGCGGGUCAUUUAAUCAGCACCGAGCGUCGUGGCUGCUUUACACUCCGGGGUUAUUUGCUCGCUGCUGCUGCUGAUGAUGAUGAAGAUGCUGCUGGUGAUGAUGACGGUGGUGUUAUUGGGGAUUCCUCUAUCAUAACAUCACCGUCGUCGUAUUCGGUCGGAUGUGAAAGCUGCCCCUCCCUGGAAGCCGCCAGAAAUAAAGAAAGAGAAGCUGCGAGAGGGAGAGGGAGGGAGAGCGAGCGAGCGAGCUGUCGGCGAUUGGAUGAAGCGGCGUUGCUGCUUACGAUUUCUGUGGCACGGGCAGCUUGGCACGCGGCGGUGGAGUGAGAGGAGAGUGAGUGAAGAGUAAGAUAGAAGAUUGAGUGAAGAUUGAGAAGAGAGAGAGAGAGUAGAGUGAGAGAAGAAUGAGUGAAGAGUAAGACAAGAGUGAAGAGUGAGUGAAGAUUGAGAGAAGAUUGAGUGAAGAGUGAGUGAAGAAUAAGAGAAGAGUGAGUGAAGAUUGAGAUAAGAGAGGAGAGUGAGUGAAGAUUGAGAGAAGAAUGAGUGAAGAGAGAGAGAGAAGAGUGAGUGAAGAGAGAGAGAAGAGUGAGUGAAGAGUGAGUGAAGAGUGAGAGAAGAGUGAGUGAAGAUUGAGAGAGAAGAGUGAGAGAAGAGUGAGUGGAGCAGCACGGAGCUGGGCUUGCUCCACUCCAUCGCGAGCGCUCGCUCCGCUGUCUGCCGCGUCUGUUGCCGGCGAAGAAUUGAAGCGACGUUGCCUUGUGGCAGCAGCAGCAGCAGUGGUAGUGGUAUCAGUCGAGUGAGUACUGCCUAAGUAGCACGCGUAGCGAGCGACGCAGUCUCUUGUGCGACUCCGAUGAACACGGUUGGCUACGUACGGCGCCAAAGAAGUUCAACGUACAGUACAUACACGUGUGGCAGCAGUAGUAGUAGAAGUAUCAACAGUAGCAGAAGUAUCAAGGAGCAGCAGCAACGUUAGUGGUAGUGGUGGCAACACCAGCAACAGCAUCCAGUAGCAACAGAAGAAGAAGUAGCGUCAGCAGUAGUGACAAGAGGAGUUAUCCAGGAGUAGUUGCAGUGACCGUGGUGGCUGUAGCAAUAUCAGAGGUACUUUAGUUAGCAGCAGCCAAAGUAGCAGCAUAAGUACCAGUAGCGGUUGUGGCACGGAUAGUGGACAUAAGUAGCAGCGCUGUGACUGUUCCGCCUGAAGACGGAAGCUUGUGUUGCCUCCGAAACGUUGUGAUUUAUAUUUUAUUUUUUAUUUUACUUUUAUUAAUUUUAAAAAAUUACCUACUUGACUUUACCGAAAAAAACCUAAGAAUAUAAGUAGCAGCAGUAGCAGCAGCGUGCUUAGAAGCGGCCGCGUGUUGAUGGUGUUGAGCCCUCCAGAAAUCGCGGAGGCAAUUGGCGAGCUGAGACCCGGCGGUGAUUGUUGUAAUCGGCUGGGAUCACACGGACUUCUCAAACUAAAGGCCUCCCCCUAUCUACUCUCUCUCUCUCUCCCUCUCAGUGGGUGAGUUAGUCCGCGAGCGACUCACCAAAGAGACUGGCGUGCCUGUGAGAGAGACACGUGGACUUUUAACUCGAUUCACUUAAGAUAACACAAAUCUCCGACGUCGUAACCAGCGCCACCAACAUCAAGGACGACACCAAUAAUUCGGGAGGGCGUUUCAAAGGACAUUGAUGAGCCGAAUCAAAGGUUCAAACAACGACGGCUGCUUUGGUCUUCAAGGUGCCAUUCCAGGAAAACGGGAUGAGAAGAUUCCGACGGACGGAAGGAAUUGAAUGAAUGAAAUGAAAUCGCUGACAUCAUCACGGACUGUUGGUCUGUCGGGCACACGGUGUUGAAAGAGGUCAGCGGAAACAACGGGCGGCUCAAGACAAUUGAGUGAGUGACUUUCCCCUGUGGUCAUCCGCACUUCAUCGCGAUCACCAUCAUCAUCACCAUCACCACCGUCUUCGUCGUCUUGAUCAUCAUUGGGAACUAACAGUAAACAUUCGUAGUGAAUGUAGGACGUAUAAUGUUGAUAGCCUCCAUUAGGCGAAUCGCUGUGUCUACAACAAUAAUAUUGACUCGUAAUACUGUAAUACCGAGUUAAUCGUUUGUUUACAUACGAAAUCCAGGACUGAACCACACGAUUUUUUUACGUUGCAAUAGGGGUUAGAAUACAUACUGUGCCUAGGGUAGUAGUAAUAAUAGUACAGGAUUCAUCAUCAUCAUCAUCUGUAGGGCGUUGUCAAUCCGCUGCUGGAUGAAGGCCCACGCACGCCACACGAUGCAAUUUAAAUUUAAAUGAUCAGUAUGUUAACAUGAACAAUUGUUUCAGCGAAUAAUCGUUCUUCACAGAAAUCAUCGUUGGUCGAGUCUCAAGAAUCUCCUUUAAAGGGGCCGUGCUGUAAUAGGAUGUUCGGUCAAUUUGUAAGUGGGUGUUUUUGCGUCUGGGUUCAGGGCUGAGUUCCCCUUAUGGACGACCACAAUACCAAUAUAUUUCAUAUCUAGAAUAACAAUCAUUCGCUGGAAGGACGCGCCAUCACCCGCAUCUCAUAGCGCAUCAACAGGUCCCGCAACCUACCACCUGUUGUCGCAUUAUGUCACCUGUACCACCUAUCAUCUAAUCCCCCCCCUCCCAUCUGAACUGUCACCUGAGCAGCCCCUCACCUGUGCAAAUUCGCACCUUGUGCCACGUGCCGCCUCCACUGCCUGCCACCUACAACCUGACCUGCCAGCGUCUACCGAAGAGCCAUCUGCCACCUGUGCACAUUCUCAGCUGUUACCACCUAAGGCUGCCCGUGCCCCCUCUCCCCGAGGCAUAGGGGGGCCACGCCUUCGCUGACGAAACACUCGCCGUGCCACGUGGCCCAACCACCGGUGUUGCGUUCUCCUCUCCUCAUUCUUCUUUGCGCCCCAAUGUACCGCUGCGGUCCUGUAGCGCAACUUGGAUUUGCAGAACUCAGGUGCGUGCCGACGAGGCAAGCGACUGCACAGUCCUCCGCGAUCUCUUCUCACUGCGAGCCGCAAUCACCGUCGUCGAAUCGCAUGAACAUCAUGAUCAUCGCUUCGUUCAUCAAUCAGUGAUAAGGUACGCACAUUGGAAGUUAUUUCGCACGGCACGUAGCCAGACCGUGCUAAUUGGAGGUGCCGUCUGUGAGUAACAGGAGUCAUCUCCUUAUAGCCACAACCAUCGUCAAUUAUCAUCAGUCAUCAUCAUCAAUCGCCCCACAUCACGUAGCAAGAACGCCGCGUUCCAGUGAAUUGCCGAUGCACGUGGGGUUUACAAUAAUACAGUCAGAGCGCGCAGCUCUCGGCCUGUGGAAUCCGUGCGUCGAGUUGGGAGCGAGCCAGGAGAGAGGGGGUUGGGGAGGAGCCGAGGGAGGGGAUUUGGGUCACGUCCCAUCUCAUCUAUGGUCUUAGAUCCCACGGCCACCGGUCGCCUGCUGGGCAAGAGGGUGGAGUCCUCGGCUCGUCCGUGCAAACGGCGCGACGUUCUCGAUGCCGAUUUCAGUUUGCUGAUGGUCAUCCUUUGGCUUCACCCCUUUCAAAGGGAAGGGAGGGCGGAGGAGGAGAAGGCUCACGCGCCAGCCAGCAUCGCCUCUCGGCCUAAAGCCAGCGGCGAUAGAGAAUGAUGAGUCGUCGGGAUUUGCCAUUGAUUAUAUAGAUAGUCGAGCAACCGAGCGUGCGCGUCCAUCUAUCCCGAACGAUUUGUGUGUCGGCGCCUUUCACCGUUAAAAACGACCACGCGCUGCCUGCAGUUGCGUGGCUACAGGUACGUAUAGCCUCGCUUACCUGCCCAAGCACUCGAGUAGUGUGGGUGCGUGUUAUAGGUGUGUGCACGCUGUAUCCGUGCGUGCAUUCACUAAGGGUCCAUAUACGGUCUACGUUUAUGCGUCUAGCCACGCGUACACGCGCAUCCAUCCAAACACACGAUGUACGGAUGCUGAACUUCUUUCGCACCGUACGUAGCCAGCCGUGCUCGAGUGGGUAAUAAGAGACAUCUAACGAGACAGUGGCGUAGUGGAUAUGUGCAUGGCAUUGAGUCACCAGUGCGUCGUUUAAGUGCAAGUGUAUCCACCCGGAAUAUAUAUAUCCAGCGGCUGUAUUCAAUCACAGCCGCACAGAUACGAGAUAAAACUGCGUAUGCGCCCUAUGUAUACAUCCUACAUCUCGUGACACGCGGGGGAAUAGAGCAUUGGCGUAACUACCCAGAGACUGUAGAGCAGCCGUAUCACAGACACGUCCAAGCAGCCCCGCGGUGUGCGCGUGCUUUAGACUACAACGCACCCGCUGGUUGUGCAAUCCAUCCACACACACGCGCGCGCGUGCGUGCGUGCGUGCGAGCGCUAGACGAGAGUCGAGACGCACGCACUCUCACGCCGACAAACAAGGACUGCCCUGCUGGUCCAUUCAUCCAUUCAUCCAACCGGCCAUCCGUCCGUCAGUCCAUCCACACGGCUUCCAGACGCUUCGACCAAAACUGAACGCAAACACAGGACACGCGCGCGCGCGCGCUCUGUCGCCGCUCACUCGCGCACUUGCACGUGCGCUGGCAAGCGCGCGCUCGACAAUACUUCACCGACUAUGGGCGGAAAGGCAGCCAAGGCAAGUCGUGUUGCCGGCGGUGGCGGUAGCCCCGAGUCGUCGGGGCGCCUCCGAGAUCGGCGCGAUCAGGGCUCGGGACUGAGCCAGCUGCUGCUGCUCGGCCGCACCGGGGAGUCGAGAGGCGGCGGAGGCGGCGGCGGUGAAUCGCGGGCUCCGGGCAGCCCGGCGGCUCCGUACUCGCGGCGCGUGGCGUUGGUGCGGGAGAUGCACGCCCUGGUGCGGGACGGGGAUGCGGACAGAGCCAUGGCCGUGCUGCGCAGCCUGCGUCAGGACCUGGGCAUGGAGUCCACCUCCCUGGACGACGUCCUCUACAAGUACGCCAGCUUCCGGAACAUCGUCGACCCCAUCACCCACGACCUCAUCAUCAGCCUCGCGCGCGACAUCCAGUGCCCCAAAACGGAGGACGAUGCGCUGCGCGCGUUCGAGAAGCUCUGCCGCCAACUCAUCUACCACCUGAGCCCCCACUCCCAGCUGCGGCGGCAGAGCACCAGGCGCCGAAAGCCGCAAGCGAGCGCCAAGCCGGCGCUGUGCCUGGAGCCCGACGGCGGCACGCUGCCCCUGUCGGGCGUCCCGCUGGGCAGCCCGGGCCACCGGCGCGAGCUGGAGCGCGUCGCCUCCUUCCUGCAGGGCGGCUCGCCGCACCUGCGCGGCCUCAACUCGGUGGAGCUGAGCUUCGCCGAGCUCACGGACGACGGGCUGCGCCUGCUGCUGCCGGGCCUCGCGGCGCUGCCCAACCUCGCCAGCCUGGCGCUCAACGGCAACCGGCUGACGCGCGCCGUGCUCCGCGACCUGGCUGAGUCGCUCAAGGAGCCGCGCUCCUUCCCGUCGCUCUCCUGGGUCGACCUGGGCAACAACGUGGACAUCUUCUCGCUGCCACAGCCCAUGCUGCUGGCGCUGCGCAAGCGCUGCCCCAAGCAGGGCAGCCUGCCCACCAUCCACGAGGCGAUGGAGGAGAAGGCGGCCGCGGCGGCAGUGGUGGUGGCGGCGGCCGCGGUGGCGGUGCAACGCGGCGGAUGCGGUGGCGCAGAGGGGUCGCGGGGUCACGGCGUCGCCGCCGGUGCCGCCGCCUCCAACGGAUGCUCCGGGACGACCCCGGCAGCGGCGAUCGUGACGACGGCGGCGGUGACGGCGAUCGCGACGACGGCGAUCGCGACGACGGCGACGACGGCGGCGACGUCCACAGAGGAGCCGGCUUGGGGCGGAGGGUCUGAGGAGCAAGGGGAGCGCGGGACGGCGGUCAGAUGACUCGUCGCUCCGGUGCGCUUUGCAGCUCCCGCAGCGAACGACGCGUUACUUUAUGACCGAUUCAAACGAGGCGACGUUUCAGGCCUCCUCCAAGCCGUCGCCGAUCCCUUAAGCGUUGGAUGAGAGAUCAUGCCUUGGCUUAUGAUGACGACCACGACGACAUGCGUAGGUUACAUCCAGAUGGAGAUGAAGGGGUCGUCGGGGGCAGUUGCCGUCGAUGGCGUCGCACGCUGCGCCUCGUGCACAGCCGCCGCGUGACCUCCAGCGACCCCCUCCUGCCGCGUCAAACCUUCCGGCUUCCCGUCGCUUGUCCGUUGGUAGCCGACACGUUUGGGCGUCUCCCUGCGCAGGUGGCACAUUGAGCAGCACUCGCCUCGGUCGCAAUCAAGCAGAGCCGGUGGUGGAUGUUCUCGCAGUGGACGAGCGCGCGCGGGCACACGUUCACGUUCACGCAAAACGCGCGACGGAGUGCAGCAGGAACGGCGUCUCACAAAGCGGCGCGGUGCGAUUCGGCGCGCGUCACGCUUCGGAGAGGGCUCAUUCUCACACCGACACCCGCCCCCCACCCUCACUACCCAGGUCUCCCCUGCGAAAGAGACUCUGUUCACCGAGACCUGGUUCUCACAGCUGGCACCUACGCUGCCAGCUGUGCCCGCUCGCGAUGGGCCAAUUGGUACGACACAUGACUCACGGCUCAACAUUGCGACGUGCGGCCCGCGAUCCUUUCGACGAUGUCAGAGAUGUGCAAUUCUCAAUACCGGGCAGUUUGGAGAGGGCAUGAGAGGAUAAGUCUUCAGUGGAUAGUAAUUUUCCACAUCGCUGGAGGUAUUUGAUUAUUUAAUGUUCUUGGUUUUUCCACUGCCCCCCCUCAACCAACCCCCCAGUUCCAAUUGCACUACCGGCAUCAUGUCGCAAGACAGGGAGAAUCCUUGUAGAUAUCUGCCGGCAGUAGUGUGCCCCACGUGUUAAAAGAACAGACUUUGUCUGGAAAAAAUAACCCGGGGGGGGGGGGACACACUUUCCCCUGCACCCUUCUAUGAGAGUGUUUUUACAAUUAUUUAAAUUCUCCUAGCUGGAAUUUAGCCAAAACCAAGAGCAAAACCAAAUAUGAUGGUAGGGGUUUGUGUGUGUGUGUGUGCACUUGUGUUUUUUGGUUUAUUACUGUUCGAGCCAAGACCCAUCUUGCUCUGGGCAGCUGAGAACCUGGCCACUGAAACCCAAAUUCGAACCCAGGACUCUCUCAGUGGUGCCGUCUGACCUCUGACCCCCUCCCACUCCCCCCCCCGGGGUCACUUCAAUAUUUUAAUAGUUUAUUUUGAAAGACCUAUCAUGUUCGAGAUUUACAAGAACAGGAAGGACACUCGUCGCGGGUGACCUCGUGUGUGUCUGGGAUCGUGGUUACGCGCGUACGUGGGGAAAUUAACACCGGGGCGUUUUAAAUAGGUCCGGAUGUCGCCCUUCAGUAUGCUUCAAGAAUACCGUGUCUAUAUCGAUUGUUCAAUAGAUGUUUUUUUGUGCAGCUUGUACAGAGAUGCGUGUAUAUGUACGUAAGUAAAUAUAUGUUCGUAAAAACAUAUACACGGCUUUAGACACUAAAUAAAUAAGAUAAAUAUUAUAGUAAAUUAUAAGAUUAUAUUUAAUGCUUGGUGAAGGCUUUCCCUCAUCCUACUGUCAUUGGCCUUUGGGGUUGUUUGACCAUACUUCACCACGCUGGUCAGUGCGGAAGUGGGUGCAGGCCCAGGACCGGUUCAAAUUUCGCUCGCCACUCAUGUCAGACGGGCCAGGAAUCGAACUUAUGUCAGCGAGUUCAUAGCCAAGUGUUUGCCAACCAUUGCCAUUCACCAUUCAAAUGUGUCCACAUAUUUGGUUACAAAACAAAGAUACCCUGUAUAGCCUCAACAGGCUGUUGGGCAAGUGCAAUUAGUGGAACACAUGAUACGGCUGAAACAGCGUAUUGCAUGGUGGGGUGGGCAGCGCAACUCCCUCGUGUCGAUGUUGACACAUUACACCAGGGUAAGGCUGAGUCAACCUAGGGGAGGUCCAGGACCGGUUCAGAUAUUCAUCACCAUUGUUGGCCAUGCGCUAACCACUACACUACCGCUGCCCACCAACAGCGUGCAUGCACACAACGUGCAAAACGCACACACGCAAAAACAAGAUCAUUGAACGAGAGGACGAGAAUAAAAAUCAUUUGGCCGAGAGAUUGAAAAAGAUAUUAGAAAAACGAAUUAGUUCUUAGUUUUUUUUUAUGUAUGAAAAAAUUUUCAUUAUAGAACCCAGAAUAUAGAGUGUGGAUUUCAAAAAGAUGGAAAAGCAACAGUCGGCGGUGUAACACGUGCGACGUCAUGCACCCUCGAAAAACUAGAGAUCGAACGAGGGAGUCGGGGCCCACGGUUUUUAUUUUUUAAAUCGCAGAUCUGAAUGGUUUUGAAAGCAUAAAUGGAAUUCUGCGAGACGCGUGAAGGCCGGGGACCCUUCGCAAUUUGGCGCUCCGACCAUUACUUCUGCCGAACCACUCGUAUUCUUCAAUCCGAAUGAUACGGCCAUGACCUUCAAGAAUCGCCGAAAUGCGAUUGCUGAAUUGCUACGUUGGGUUGCGUCAAUUGUUAUCCGACUUGCCGGUGAGCUGAAACUUCAGUGCCAAUUACAAGUUCAACGUUUGCGCGCGUGGCGAUUUUGUUUGGUUACGUCGGGUGGUGGAGGGUGUUUUACGGCACAGUUGGCUUCAACGUUACAUGGCCUGACCCAAAAAUAGACUGUGUAUCACAAAGAUACAACGCAAGGGGCAGCUCCAAUUCACUGCGUCUUGAAAUCUCAUUCUCCGCUUUGAAGGUUUUGAUGCCAACCAUGCCAAGAAUGCCUCACCUGAGCACUGUAGUUACCUUUGUUUAUUCUUAUUAUAACAAUUGUUUACCCAAGAAAGCCUUACCAACUUUCAAGACUCUUUUAUCAGGCGGCCUCUUCAAGUGUUCACAGUAGAGGGCGAUGUUGCUUUGUGUAGUCCCAAUUGAGAAAUUUGUAGGUAAUUUUUUUAGCAUUGGGGAAUGUUUGGCCGAUACCAGGGUAAAAAAAAAUGUUUUAGCUACGAAAGAAAAACCGGAGAACUCGGAGGAAAAUCAACGCCGUAACACGAGGGAGAACAUCCAAACUCCACACGGAGGUGCCCGAGGUCAGGAAUCGAACCCAGGAGCGUCUUUCUGCGACGCACGAAUGUUACCACCGUGCAAACCUCUCCCUCCGCCCGAUGGAACGCGGCCCUUUUGUGCCAGCUGCGAAUAUUAGCCACCGUGCCAUCACGCACAAGCGUGUUGGCACACGCGUGCUUACUUAACCGAAUGUCAGUCUUUACGAAAGAAUGCCCCCCCCCACCCUCCCUUUUAAUCGUAAGCUGAGAACCAAUUGUUUACAAGAGGCGCUAUCUUACAACCCGCGAAUGUAAGACGUUAACAAAAUGUAAUUACAGCGACAGCAGCAGACAGCGCGACACACAGCCUUGCUCUCAACAGAGAAUGCGGGUGGGGGGUUUAAAACUUAAACAGGAGCGCGCCGUGUGCACGUCCGCCGGGAGCUGCUACCUCGGCGUGUAAGGGUCCGCACGCCGGACAUUGUAAUCCAGAGGUCACCGCUUCGAUUCCAUGGGUAAUCCCACCUCUUCCCAAGACGUGUCUCGAAGUGUAGGCCAAGUACCCACCAAAGGUAGCUCUCCAGAGCUCCCUCUAACGAGGAGUUCACGUCCCCCAGUUAAACGGAAUCAGAAUGUGUAUUUAUACCGGAGGAAUCCGAUGAGCUAUGGAGCUCUUCUUUCACAGAUGUCCAGGUAGGAGAGAGGGUCGCAACGUUACGACAACAAACAGUGCGAAGACACGAUAUGAGUGCAAAGUGUCGGAAAGGUAAACAAAUGACGAACACAACAAAUCUUACGUUUCAUCAUUAGACCUCCUUUGCCAGUACCAAAAUACAAUAAUAGGGUUUUCCCCUUUUUUCUGGCAACAAAACUGAAACCUUUUUACGAGGAUGCAUGUCUGCAUUAACCACAAUACUUGCAGUCAAAUGCAAACAAACAAAAAAGGGGAAAAACCCUAUUAUUAUUUUUGAUUAAAAGCUUUCGUGACUGCAGGUAUUUAUAUUCUUGGUUCUUUCGGUAAAGUCACGUAGAAGGGAAAUAAUAAAAUAAUAUUAAUUAUAUUUUUUAUUUAUAUUCUUUUAUUCUUUCCCUUUUACGUGACUGUACCGAAAGAACCAAGAAUAUGAACCCUAUUAUUAUUAAAUCUUAUGUUUAUUUUACCACGAAAAGCCCACUCGGCUAUGAGCUUCUUUUUCGCAAACGACCUGGCCACAAAUGAUAGCUCAACCAAAUGGCCUAUCGCGUGGAAAUGUUCCGGACGAAUGCCGACGUGACGGUGGUAAGGGAGUGCCAUCCCCAGGGGACUUCCGUUGCGAAUGUUCCAAGGUGACGAGGGAGGAAUGCGAGCCCCUCCUCGUACCGUUUUUCCACUGCCACACCCGAGCUUUGCCAGCGUGCGGCGCUCACUUCCGAUGAGCGCAAUUGGCUACGUACGGUGCGAAAGGAGUUCAACAUACAGGUGGUUUUCCACUGGCUGUUUGUCGAGCCAGAACCAAACCGUGCUACGCUGACCUGACAAGACAGCUACAUCUGGUCCGCGUGGCCAGGCAGGACCAGGCGCAAGUUUAAUAAUUUUCAUCACACUUGGCGUCGGGCGCUUACGCUCAGACGCGUGACGUCAACGGCACGGUUCGGUUUCUGUGGUGGAAAAAUACGUGGUGCUUGCUUCCUGAGCCGUGCCAAGGCUGGCACGGCAUAGCCCCGGCACGAUUCGGUUGUGAAGUGGAAAAGACACGCGUUCCUAUAUCCAACGAGCGCCGUACGACCAUGAACUCCAUGGUUGAGAAAAUAAAAGUGAUUUCCUUGCAAAAGGUUUCCGUUUGGUGUUUUUACCAUCUUGACACACCUGUUUUAUUUCCAGAAAGGGUCAAACAUUCUGACGAGUCUUCUGUAAAAACACGGCGGAUUGUUUUGUUUUGCCAUGCGGCGCAAGUCAACCUCUUUGUAGUCGUGUCGAGACUUUUGUUUUGCUUGUGGAAUGAAAGCCAACGAUGACAUCUGGGGAGGAGAGCCGUCAACUGUGGGCGACGUCCUAGAGCUGGGCUGGGGGGAUAUUCGAUUACUCAACUAAUCGCUCAUUCCAAACCCAUCAUCAGUCCCGAGUGCUCGGCUAAAGAGAAGACACGAAAACAGCCCGGGAGGGUUGGGGGGGGAGUCUCACCUGUUGCCACGCGUGCCGCUGGACGGGAGGUGAUGGGCGGCACUUAGUGACGUUAUCGGCAUCGCCGCGAUGGGCCCGUGUCACGCUGCCCACUACUCGUACCUGUAAAGAUAAGGGGGGGGGGGGGGGUGGUUUCCUGCCUUCGGGAGAUGUAUUAACUUGCCCCGAGUAAGAGACUGCAGAAAAAAAAACUAAAUUAUUUUAAUCCUUUUUGUCGAUUCAUUGUCUUCUUAGCCCCAGCUCUACGGGCGCGCUCUGCCGUUUGACAGCGUGCAUCGAUGUAAGAAAAAAAAGUGUCGCAUUUGGCUCCGUGACGAUCCUCGCAUUGCUUGCGCCCCCCCCUCCUCCCCCCGCCGUCUUUAACGUCCCGUCAACGUCCCGUCAACGUCCCACCAACGUUCUUGCGAGUCACGCUGCGGUCACGGAGAACAAACGCUGCACUCUUUGCCAGACGUCUAGUGGUGGUGGAAGAUGCUUUAUAUGGGAAAUAAAAGCAUAUUUUGUAUUGCU